GGCAGCGCACCAAGAUGGCGACAACCGCAGUUCCUCCUGCAGCUCCCCCACCUCCGCAGUCCAGCAACGCCUUGCGGGAGACGCGCUAGUGCAGCGGCCACAAGCUGACCUGUCCGGGGUGCAACAUCACUAAAGAAGCUGCUGCAGGAUGAAAAGAUGGCAGCACGGCUGCUCGCACCACCAGGCCCUGAUAGUUUUAAACCCUUCACACCGGAGUCUCUGGCUAACAUUGAGAAACACAUUGCAGAAUUAAAAAAGAAGCAGCGUCCAAAGCAAGACAGCAGCCAUCGGGAUGACGAUGAAGACAGCAAACCAAAACCAAACAGUGACCUUGAGGCGGGGAAGAAUUUGCCUUUCAUCUACGGGGACAUCCCAAAAGGCCUGGUUGCUGUACCACUGGAGGACUUUGACCCUUAUUAUAUGACCCAGAAAACCUUUGUAGUACUAAACAGAGGGAAAACACUCUUCCGAUUUAGUGCCACACCUGCCUUGUACAUUUUAAGUCCUUUUAAUCUGUUUAGAAGAAUAGCUAUUAAAAUUUUGAUACAUUCAGUAUUUAGCAUGAUCAUUAUGUGCACUAUUUUGACCAACUGUGUAUUCAUGACUUUUAGUAACCCACCUGAAUGGUCGAAGAAUGUGGAGUAUACAUUCACUGGUAUUUAUACAUUUGAAUCACUUGUGAAAAUUAUUGCAAGAGGUUUCUGUAUAGAUGGCUUUACUUUCCUACGUGAUCCAUGGAACUGGCUAGAUUUCAGUGUGAUCAUGAUGGCAUAUGUCACAGAGUUUGUGGACCUUGGGAAUGUCUCAGCAUUGAGAACUUUCAGAGUUCUCCGAGCUUUGAAAACUAUCUCUGUUAUUCCAGGCUUGAAGACCAUUGUGGGUGCCCUAAUUCAGUCUGUGAAGAAGCUGUCAGAUGUAAUGAUCUUGACAGUAUUUUGUCUCAGUGUCUUUGCUCUGAUCGGGUUGCAGCUGUUUAUGGGCAAUUUAAGGAACAAGUGUGUGAUAUGGCCAAUUAAUGUGAAUGAGACUUUCCUGGAUAACGGCUCUAAGGGCUUUGACUGGGAGGAAUACACCAACAAUAUGUCAAAUUUUUACAUAAUUCCUGGUGCCCCUGAUCCUUUGCUCUGUGGUAACAGCUCAGAUGCAGGUCAAUGUCCGGAGGGUUACACGUGCAUGAAAGCAGGACGGAACCCCAACUAUGGUUACACAAGCUUUGACACUUUCAGCUGGGCUUUUCUGGCUUUAUUUCGCCUUAUGACUCAGGACUUUUGGGAAAACCUGUAUCAAUUAACCUUACGAGCAGCAGGAAAAACCUACAUGAUCUUCUUUGUUUUGGUGAUUUUUGUGGGAUCAUUCUAUCUGGUUAAUCUGAUUUUGGCUGUGGUAGCCAUGGCUUAUGAAGAGCAGAACCAGGCCACAUUGGAGGAGGCAGAGCAGAAGGAGGCAGAAUUUAAGGCCAUGUUAGAACAGUUGAAAAAGCAGCAGGAAGAAGCACAGGCUGCCGCUAUGGUCACUUCGGCAGGGACAGUCUCUGAAGAUGCUGUGGAAGACGAUGGUGGGGGGAGGAUGUCUCGGAGCUCCUCGGAGAUUUCCAAACUGAGUUCCAAGAGCGCCAAGGAGCGUCGAAACAGGAGGAAGAAACGAAAGGACAAGGAACUGUCAGAAGGAGAGGAGAAGUGUGACAAUGAAAAGGUGUUCAAGUCUGAAUCUGAGGAUGGCAUGAGGAGGAAAGCGUUCAGGCUACCCGAUAACAGGCUAGGAAGGAAAUUUUCCAUCAUGAACCAGUCUCUCCUCAGUAUCCCAGGCUCCCCUUUUCUCUCCCGACACAAUAGCAAGAGCAGCAUCUUCAGCUACAAAGGGCGAUUCCGUGACCCAGGUUCGGAGAACGAGUUUGCCGAUGACGAGCACAGCACAGUGGAGGAAAGCGAAGGCAGGAGAGACUCCCUCUUCAUCCCCAUCCGCGGCCGCGAUCGCAGGAGCAGCUACAGCGGCUACAGCGGCUACAGCCAAGGCAGCCGGUCCUCGCGGAUUUUCCCCAACCUCCGCCGAAACGUGAAGAGGAACAGCACGGUGGAUUGCAACGGCGUGGUGUCCCUCAUCGGCGGCCCGCCUUCCAGCAUGCCUGGGGGACGCCUUCUGCCUGAGGGUACUACUGAAAUCGAAAUUCGAAAGAAACCUGGUGGGUCUCUCUUGGUCUCGAUGGAUCAGGUGAACGCGUCCUAUGGAAGAAAGGAUCGAACCAACAGCGUCAUGACUGGCUUGACAAACACCCUAGUUGAGGAGCUGGAAGAGUCCCAGAGGAAGUGUCCCCCUUGCUGGUACAAAUUUGCCAACACGUUCUUGAUCUGGGAAUGCCACCCGUACUGGAUCAAGCUGAAGGAGAUAGUGAACUUAAUUGUCAUGGAUCCUUUUGUUGACCUGGCCAUCACCAUCUGUAUUGUGCUGAACACUCUGUUCAUGGCCAUGGAGCACCACCCUAUGACCCCAGAGUUUGAACACGUGCUCUCCGUAGGAAAUCUGGUUUUCACUGGAAUUUUCACAGCAGAAAUGUUCCUGAAGCUCAUUGCCAUGGAUCCCUACUAUUAUUUCCAAGAAGGCUGGAACAUCUUUGAUGGAUUUAUUGUCUCCCUCAGUUUAAUGGAACUGGGCCUAGCAGAUGUGGAAGGACUUUCUGUGCUGCGAUCUUUCCGACUGCUGAGAGUCUUCAAACUGGCCAAGUCCUGGCCCACUCUGAACAUGCUGAUAAAAAUCAUCGGUAACUCAGUGGGUGCUUUGGGGAACUUGACCUUGGUGCUAGCCAUCAUCGUGUUCAUCUUUGCUGUGGUGGGCAUGCAGCUCUUCGGCAAAAGCUACAAGGAGUGUGUCUGCAAGAUCAAUCCGGAGUGUGAGCUACCCCGCUGGCACAUGAACGAUUUCUUCCACUCCUUCCUUAUUGUCUUCCGUGUGUUGUGUGGGGAAUGGAUUGAGACCAUGUGGGAUUGUAUGGAAGUAGCAGGACAGGCCAUGUGCUUGAUUGUCUUCAUGAUGGUCAUGGUCAUCGGAAAUUUAGUGGUGCUGAACCUGUUCUUGGCCUUGCUACUGAGCUCCUUCAGCGCAGACAACUUAGCAGCCACGGAUGAUGAUGGGGAGAUGAACAACCUGCAGAUUUCUGUUAUUCGCAUCAAGAAGGGCAUUGCCUGGACCAAGGCGAAAGUGCGUGAGUUCAUGCAGGCUCAUUUCAAGCAGAGAGAGGCAGAUGAGGUCAAACCCUUGGAUGAAUUGUACGACAAGAAGGUGAACUGCAUUGCUAACCAUACAGGGGCUGAUAUCAACAGAGACAUCGAUUAUCAGAAGAAUGGCAAUGGCACGACGAGUGGAAUUGGGAGCAGUGUGGAGAAGUACAUAAUAGAUGAAGAUCACAUGUCCUUCAUCAAUAACCCCAAUCUCACUGUCCGGGUACCUAUUGCUGUAGGUGAAUCAGAUUUUGAAAAUCUCAACACAGAAGAUUUCAGCAGUGAUACAGAUCCUGAUGGCAGCAAAGAGAAACUUGAUGAUACCAGCUCUUCUGAAGGUAGCACCAUUGAUAUAAAGCCUGAAGUGGAAGAAGUCCCUGUGGAGGCACCAGAGGAGUACCUGGACCCAGAUGCGUGCUUCACAGAAGGUUGUACGCAGCGCUGUAAAUGUUGUCAGGUCAAUAUUGAGGAGGGACUGGGGAAGUCUUGGUGGACCUUGAGGAAGACUUGUUUUCUGAUUGUGGAACAUAAUUGGUUUGAGACUUUCAUCAUCUUUAUGAUCCUACUGAGCAGUGGUGCUCUGGCUUUUGAGGAUAUUUACAUAGAACAGAGGAAAACAAUCCGGACCAUCCUGGAGUAUGCGGACAAGGUCUUCACUUACAUUUUCAUCCUGGAGAUGUUGCUGAAAUGGUGCGCUUACGGAUUCGUCAAGUUCUUCACUAAUGCCUGGUGCUGGCUGGAUUUCCUCAUUGUGGCUGUCUCUUUAGUCAGCCUUAUAGCUAAUGCCUUGGGCUACUCGGAACUAGGUGCCAUAAAGUCCCUUAGGACACUAAGAGCUUUGAGGCCUUUAAGAGCGUUGUCCCGAUUUGAGGGGAUGAGGGUGGUUGUCAACGCCUUGGUUGGCGCUAUCCCUUCCAUUAUGAAUGUGUUGUUGGUCUGCCUUAUCUUCUGGCUGAUUUUCAGCAUUAUGGGGGUUAACCUGUUUGCCGGGAAAUAUCAUUACUGCUUUAAUGAAACAGCUGAGGAGCGCUUUGAAAUAGAUGUUGUUAACAACAAGACAGACUGUGAAGCACUGAUGCCACCCAACUCCACUGAGAUUCGAUGGAAGAAUGUGAAAAUUAACUUUGACAACGUUGGGGCAGGAUAUCUGGCUCUUCUGCAAGUUGCUACUUUCAAGGGCUGGAUGGACAUCAUGUAUGCAGCAGUAGAUUCCAGAAAGCAAGAAGAGCAACCCAAGUAUGAGGACAACAUUUACAUGUACAUAUAUUUUGUUAUCUUCAUUAUUUUCGGCUCUUUUUUCACCCUGAACUUGUUCAUUGGUGUCAUCAUUGACAACUUCAAUCAACAAAAGAAAAAGUUUGGAGGUCAAGAUAUUUUCAUGACAGAAGAACAAAAGAAGUACUAUAAUGCCAUGAAAAAACUGGGCUCAAAGAAGCCUCAGAAACCUAUUCCCCGACCUCUGAACCGCAUUCAAGGAGCUGUCUUUGACUUUGUUACCCAGCAAGCAUUUGAUAUAGUCAUCAUGAUGCUCAUUUGCCUCAACAUGGUGACCAUGAUGGUGGAGACAGACACACAAAGCAAGCAGAUGGAGGACAUCCUUUACUGGAUCAACCUGGUGUUUGUCAUCUUCUUCACCUGUGAGUGUGUGCUGAAGAUGUUCGCCUUGCGGCACUAUUAUUUCACCAUCGGGUGGAACAUUUUUGACUUCGUGGUUGUGAUUCUGUCCAUCGUGGGAAUGUUCCUGGCUGAAAUCAUUGAGAAGUAUUUCGUGUCGCCCACUCUUUUCCGAGUCAUCCGACUGGCUCGCAUUGGACGUAUCCUGCGUUUGAUCAAAGGAGCCAAAGGAAUCCGCACCUUGCUUUUUGCCUUAAUGAUGUCCUUGCCUGCCUUGUUCAACAUUGGCCUCUUGCUGUUCUUGGUCAUGUUCAUCUUCUCCAUCUUUGGCAUGUCAAACUUUGCCUACGUCAAGCAUGAGGCUGGCAUAGAUGAUAUGUUCAAUUUUGAGACCUUUGGCAACAGCAUGAUCUGCUUGUUCCAGAUCACCACAUCAGCUGGUUGGGAUGGCCUGCUGCUGCCAAUCCUAAACCGGCCUCCAGACUGCGACCUGGACAAGGAGCACCCUGGGAGUGGUUUUAAGGGGGAUUGUGGGAACCCUUCGGUGGGGAUAUUUUUCUUUGUGAGUUACAUCAUCAUCUCCUUCCUGAUCGUGGUCAACAUGUACAUUGCCAUCAUCCUGGAGAACUUCAGCGUGGCGACAGAGGAGAGUGCAGAUCCCCUAAGCGAGGAUGACUUUGAGACCUUCUACGAGAUCUGGGAGAAGUUUGACCCCGAUGCCACACAGUUCAUAGAGUACAGCAAGCUCGCAGACUUUGCUGAUGCUUUGGAACAUCCUCUCCGCGUCCCCAAACCCAACACCAUCGAACUCAUUGCCAUGGACCUGCCUAUGGUAAGUGGAGACAGGAUCCACUGUUUAGACAUCUUGUUUGCCUUCACCAAACGUGUCCUGGGGGACAGCGGAGAGCUGGACAUCCUGAGGCAACAGAUGGAGGAAAGAUUUGUGGCAUCCAACCCUUCCAAAGUGUCUUAUGAGCCCAUCACAACUACGCUCCGGCGUAAGCAGGAAGAAGUUUCGGCAGUGGUUAUCCAGAGGGCUUACAGGGCUCGUUUAGCAAGACGGGGCUUUAUUAGCCGCAGGCCUGUCUCCACAAAACUGGAAAACGGAGGAACAAACAGGGAGAAAAAGGAAGGCACCCCCUCGACGGCGUCUCUCCCGUCGUACGACAGUGUCACCAAGCCCGAGAAGGAGAAACAGCAACGAGCAGAGGAAGGAAGACGAGAAAAAGCGAAAAGACAAAAAGAUGUCAGGGAAUCCAAGUGUUGAGACAAAAAUAAUAGAAUUGUACAAAUUAAAAUAUUUGCAAGUGAAAAGAUUGUUUACAAACUUCCUGAAAUAUAUCAAUACAGAACAGCUGUGGAGACACUUACCUGAAGAUCUUAUACCAAACAUAGUCUGCUUACUGUGUGACAGCGUUGCAUCUAAAGCAGUGACCUACCACCUGUUUAAAGGACCCUUGUAAACAAACAUUUAAACACAAAAAAAGGAAAAAAAAUGGAUUUUCUAUUGUUUGGGCAGGUGGAUACUGCAUGUUCCACAUCAGUCAAUGCAACUUAGGACAAACAAGCAAAAUAAAACACACACACACAGAAACAAAACCUGCUGCUGGGAUUCAUGUAUUUUCCAAAGCAGCCCAAAAUGGAUUUUAUUUUCCCAUUUUGUUGAUUAUUAUUGAAAGAAAACCCAGAAGUCACAAUGUUAAAGGGUUUGUUCAUGCAAAACUAGGUUUGCAUUUAGUUAAGCAGCAACAAAAAAAAAAAAAAAAAAAAAAAGAAGAAAAAUGUUAAAACAAGUAAAACAAAAAAAAAAAAAAAGGAAAAAAGAAACAAACCACCCAUUUAGCCCAUGCCAUUUAAUUGUCAUAGUUUAUUUGAUAUUUAUUAUCUGCAUUCUACUUUCUACAUGGGCUUUACUUGGUUUGGGAGAUGGGGUAAUCAGGUACCUUCAGCCUGGAGACAGCUCAGGCUGAUUCCCCCCAAAAAAAGUGCUCGUUCAAUGCAUAGAAACGAUUUGCAUGAUGGCAUGCCGUGACCAGGAACCAUGCAUGAGGAACCAUUAAACCACAAAACACUCAAUAAUCUGUCCACAGCAGUGUGUUAAGCCAUAAAUUCGAGGCACUCCACUGACUACCGUACACUGUAUUGGGAGAUAAACUCUCACAAUAAUCGUGCCCUUCACCGGUACUUCCCAGUUCGUAGUGAUCAGUCCAGUAGGAGAAAAACAAACAAACAAACAAAACAAAACAAAACAAAA